UGCGGUUUGUUACACGGAGACUCGCCGCCUCGCCGGAAUCGCCAUGUCAUGCUUCGCCUCCGGACCACCUUCUCCCACACCCGUCUCCCCUCCGCCUCCCGUCUCUGUUCCUCCGCCGGAGGCCUCGAGUAUUCGGAACUGGGUCACGCUAUCGCCGACUUGGUCAACGCUGAAGCAACCGAUUCUUGGCCCCCGUCCCUCCCCGCGUCUCUCACCGCCCUUGUCCGUUCGCACACCCACACCCUCUCCCCCUCCGACCUCUUGCAUUCCUUGUACCUCCUCCGCCGCCCAAACGCAGCAGGGCACCUCCUCCUCUGGUCACUCAACUUAGUCCCUCUCGAACCCGCCGUCACCGGCAAGGCCAUCUACCUCCUCCUCCGCUCUCGCUCUAUUCACCCCGCCCUCGACCUCCUCCUCUCCCUUCCCCCGUCUUCCAUCCCCGACAACUCGUUCAAUGCCCUCCUCCGCCGCCUUGCCACCGCUGGCCAUCUCCGCUACGCCGUCCGGCUCUUCCGUCUGAUCCCCUCUCCCUCCGUCUUCUCCUACAACUCCCUCCUCGCCGCCUUUUUCCGCCGGGGACGUACCCGCGCCGCCUCCGACCUGUUCGAGGAAAUGCUCGCGAGGGCCGUCCGGCCUGACGUGUGCACCUUUAACACCCUCAUCCGAGGCUUCUGCCUCAAUUCCAUGGUCCACGAGGCUUUCCACGUCUUUAAAGAGAUGUCACGCCAUGGCUGCGCCCCUGACGUUGUCACCUACAAUACCCUUCUCGAUGGUCUUUGCCGUGCGGGCGAGGUUCGGAUCGCUCACAAGCUCCUGAAUGGAAUGCGGAGAAACACCCCCGAUACUGCGCCGAAUGUCGUCUCCUACACCACCCUGAUCCGCGGCUACUGCAGCAAGCUCCUGGCGGCUGACGCCCUGAAUCUCUUCAACGAUAUGAUAUCUGUCGGCCUUCAGCCCAAUAACAUCACAUACAACACUCUUAUCCAAGGACUUUGUAAAUCACGAAGGAUGGAUUUGGUCAAGGAAUUACUGGAUCGAGGAAAAAAUGGUGACGAAGAUUUGGUUUUUGAGCCAGAUACUUGCACGUUUAACACCUUGAUAGCUGCGCAUUGUAACAUGGGCUGCUUCAGUGACGCUCUGAAGGUAUUUGAAAAAAUGACAGAGAUGCAGGUGGACCUCGAUUCGGUAACGUAUGGUAUCUUGAUUAGGGGAUUGUGUGAAAAUGGGGAGUUUGGACGAGCAGAAGAGCUAAUCGAUGAGCUGUUGAAGAAGGAGGUUUUGAGGCGGAGAGGACGUUGCGUUCCUCUGGUUGCAACUUAUAACCCCAUGCUCAACUACUUGUGUCAUAGUGGAAAGACAGAGAAAGCAAGGAUUGUUCUUCAACAGUUGUUGGAUAACAAGGCCAAAUUCGAUCUUGAAGCAUUUAAGACAGUGAUCUUGGGAUACUGCAAGGAGGGAAAAUUGAAGAAGGGAUAUGAGCUGCUAGUGUCCAUGUCUAAGAGAGACCUUGUGCCAGAUGCUGAAAUUUAUCAGAUUCUCAUCAACGGGUUCUUGCAGCAGAACAUAGAUUUUGCUUGGGAGGUUCUAAGAAAAAUGUUUAAUAGCAAGCACCGACCUAGCACGGAUGCAUUCCAUUUGGUGCUCAUGGGCAUGGUGAAAAAGAGUAAGUAUACUAAAGAAUCUGGUGAUUUGGUCAUUGUGAUGUUGGAGAGGAGUGUUCGUCCAAAUAUAGAUCUAUCGACGAAAGUUGUUGAAAAUCUUUUCAGAAGUGACUCGAAUGACAGGGCUUUCAAGAUUGUUAAAUUGCUUUAUGAGAAAGGUUAUCGCCUGAAGAUGGAGGAGUUGGUUGUUUCCUUGUGCAAAAGUCGGAAGUUUUUGGAGGCUCGAGAAAUGCUGUUGUUUAGUUUGGAAAAAUCCGAGAAAAUCAGUAAUGAUGUUUACGCUACAGUGAUCAACAAGCUUUGUUCAAAAGGAAAAGCUUUGGAGGCAUUUGACUUGUUCUAUGAAAUAAAGGAAAGAGGAUGCGCUAGUAUUAAUUCAAGUUGUUUAUGUGCUCUAAAAGUUGCACUUGAAAAUGGUGAAAAAAUGAAUGAAGCUAAAUUUGUUGCCAAGCAAAUAAACCGUGCUGUUGACGAAGUUGCAAAUUGAUAUGGCUUGUCUUUGGCCUUAUCUUGUUUUGUUGAUUAGUUGGUAAAAGGCCUGAUGGAGAAAGUUUUAAAAAUUAGGGAGAAAGCUAUGCGAGGAUGAUGAAGUUACUUUCUCAAGCUUCAUGGAGUGAGCUAGGAAUAUGAAAUAUCAGAUAUACAAUAAAGGGGGAAAAAAAAGAGAAACAAAAUAAGGUACCAUCCAUUUGUUUAUUUAUUCAACAUGUCAAACUUUCCAAUCUUAUUAUCACUGAAUCAUGUGUUUAAUAUCUCAAUGUAUAACCAAGUAGUGUUGCUAGUUCAUUCAUUCUACUAUGCUAUUGCAAAAUCAAA